AUGGGGCCUCGCCGGCGGCUCGUUGGCGAUGGGUCGUGGACGGCGCCCUCGAGCCCAUUGAUCGCGAGGCUCCACGACGAUGUUGGGGCGGUUAAGUUACCUCGCCUGGGCAGGUGCAGCGCCGCCGACGUCUUCAUCGCCCGCGCGCGUCCUGCCGCGGCGGGCGCUCUGCCGCAGCCGACCUGCCUCGGCGGCGCUCGCCUCUCCUGUCGUCUGCGAGGCGCCGUGCGAUGCACUUCCCCGUCAGAUGCUGAGCCCUCGGCACAAGGGCGCCGGCUCGAUGCCCUUGUGGGUUCUCUCGUGUUGCGGGGCGCGAAGGGCGUCCUGGAGCGGCCAAGGCGAGUCCUGAAGGAGCUGACGGGCGCCGGCAGCAGCAGCAGCAGCAGCGAUUUUAUGACGUCAUCAGCUGCUAACUCCGGUCGCCUCAGACAUUUAAUACACUCGGCGCUUCUUUACGGCGGAACGUGGAAACGCUAUAUUGUCCCGCGGGUUCCUUCCUCCACCUGCUGCUGCGGCCGCCUCGCCUGGCGGGGCGGGGGCGAGCGCCGCGCUGAUGCUCCCCCGACGCAGGGCCCCCGAACCCCGGCCCUGCGGCGCUGGCGGGAAGGCUGCGGCCGCUCGCGGACGUGGGAGAUUCCUGGCGGAAGUCACUCCAGCUCCGAGCAAGGAUAUAUCUGUGAUAGCGAGAGUGAAGGAGACAAGGGGUCCGGCGCCGAGUCCGACUUCUUCCACACAGCCACCAAAGGAUCGGUGGAGAGCCGCCUGGGAGAGAGCACGACCUCGAUCCGGCCGAGCCUCGAGAUCGCCGAGCCCCCCAAGCCCCUCGUGAAGACCGAGCGGCCUCACCACUCUCCCUACAGCAAUGGACCUGAAGUGCUAGGUCAUUACCCGGUGAACUAUCAGCCGCCAAGUGUCGGUGGUGUCAACACAGCCCUGCCUCCUACUGCAACCACAGCUGGGGACCACAAACCCAUCUACCUACCUUCGCAGCACACUCAUCCACCUCAUACGCCAGCCACACACACUCCCACACCUCAUACGCCUGCCCCUCACCCACCCCCACAACACGCGUCCACGGCCCACACACACACCCCACACACACCUUCAGCACACUCACACACGCCUCACACUCCUGCGCCUCACACACCCACACCACACGCGCCUCACACGCCCACGCCGCACACACCUCACACGCCCGCGCCACACACACCCCAUACGCCCCACACGCCACACACGCCCCACACGCCCACGCCACACGCGCCUAGUCCGCAGGUAUCCACACCACACACUCUUCCCCAACACCCACCUCCGCCACACACCCUCACACCUCAUACUCACACUCCUCACACACCCACCACACACACUCCCUCGCCACACACACCCACGUCACACACCCCAGUGCCACACACGCCAGUGCCACACACGCCAGUGCCACAUACGCCAGUGCCACACACGCCAGUACCACACACAACUGCCUCUAGCAUACCCACGACACACUCGCUCGCAUCACACACUCCCUCUCACACUCCUACCCCGCUAGCACCUCAUACGGUCAACACCUCCCACACGACUGUUGCUACCACCACCCCAACUAUCACCCCAACGACUACCCCCACGCCCCACCUCCCACAUCCAUCCACACCAGCGCAUCAUCCACCUCAGGCGGCCCCCCCCACGCCGGCGUCCGCACAGGUUUCGAGACAGCCUUCAGUUCAUGUACCGCAUUCAUCGCCACACUACCUCUCUCAUCCUGUAGCCUCAUCUACGACCACAACCACCACCACUACAACCACAACUACUACAUCAGCUACUACCACAACAUCAACCAGUGUAUCUCAUAAUCACAUAGUAGGCAGCACUGGUCGUGUUAGCAAUGGACCAGUGGCAGGGGGAGGCGGGGGAGGCCAGGGGAUGGGCCCAGGGGUAGGCAAGUACAGUGUGAGUGCCUUGGUGUCUCCAACCCCUCAGCACAACCAUACUCUCUACAAUAACGUUAACAUAAAAUCAAGCCCAGUAGCGUCACCACGUAGUCACGUUCGAUCUCCACAUCCAUCCCCCAUUGGUGCUACUCCUACAGCAGUAAAACCUCCAACCCCAGGUGCACCCAGUGGUCCAGUGCCUGCACCUCCACCGGGCUCAGGCCCGGGUCCGUUAGGCACUCUCCCCUAUGGAGUGAAAACCGAACCAGGCGAGGCGCCCCGACCAAACCCAGUAAAGACCUAUUCCAACACUCCUCACUCAGUGCCAACCACAGCGUCGGUCAAGGUUGAGCCAGGUUAUCCCCGUUCUACACCACCCAGUGCCACAAAGGUCACCACACCACAUCUUCAGCCGGUCAUCCCCCCAUCUGCAAGACACUCGCCAAGAGCACACGAACCACACAUCUCACCUUUCAGUUCAGCAAACACCGCAGUGAGUAGUGCUCAGACGAUUCCUUCACUACCACGGCCCUGGCCAAGCCCAGUAUCAAGCUUGCCAUCUACCAGUACUGCCAGAUUGUCUCUGAAUCGGCCUCCGCUGCCCCUGCCGUCAUUCUCCCUGGCGCCACCUCCAGUCUCGGCUCCCCUGCCGCCCACGGGCAUGUUCGCACCGCCGCUUCCUCCAUCGCAGCAGCUUACCUCCUCUCCACUCCUCCCUCCCUCUCAUAUCACCUCAGACCCUCUAGGCCAAGCAGAUCUUCUGCGUAGGGAGUUAGAUUCCAGGUUUUUGGCUCAGCAAGAAAGAAGCUUAGGCAUAGGAAGCCUGACUGCUCCCCCAGCCUUCUUGCGCACGGAAAUGCACCACCACCAACACCAGCAUACGCAUGUCCAUCAACACCUGCUGCAGCACAUGGGACCGCCUCCUCCACUUCCUCCCCCGGGUGCAUCUGGGCUCUUCUCCCAUUCAGCAACACCCUCCUUGUUUAAGGAGGUGAACAAAGUUGGACUGGAAAGCAGUCUGUACCAGCCGGGGGGCAGCCUAGGGAGUAGCUAUCCCCCAGGCCUGACCCCGAUCGUGCAUCCCCCUACCUCAACCUUUGCGCCUCCUUCUCAUCUGUCGUCUGUUCCUCCCAAGAUAGGAGAACCAAGCCAACGGAAACCAGUGAAGACGGGUCGCUGGAAUGCAAUGCACGUGCGCAUUGCCUGGGAGAUCUACUACCACCAGCAGAAGCAGACUCCAGAGAAACCUGGUGCUAAGCUUGGAGGCCCUGACCUGCUGCGCCCUCCACCGGGCCCAGGCGUGGGCAGUACGGCAGGAGCGCCCAUUUUCCCAACUUUACCAAGACCCCCAGAUUUAGGGCCGUCUAUAUUAGCUGGACCAGGUCCAUCGCACCGGUUCGAGUCCCCUCUCCUCGGUCAUCACCUGACGCCCUCUGUGCCUGGACUUGGAGGAAUGAGAUAUCCUGGAGGGGCACCUCCGGGGCCAUCCGCACCGCCUCCGUCAGGAUUCCACCAUGUAGGAGUAACGCCCACAUCCAUACCAGGACCUCCCCCUGGGUCAAUGUUUUCCAGGGAGUCCCUACCGCCAGGGUUGACUGUGCCACAGCCGACUCCGCAUGAUGCUUGGAGGAUAAGGGCACCCACACCAUACGGGCCAACGCCUGGUCCUUGGCCUGUGAAGCCUGAUGCUGCCAUGUACGAGAGAGAGCGGAGAGAAGAGGAGAGACAAAAUCGAGAAAGAGAAGAACGAGAGAGAAGAGAGCGGGAAGAACGAGAGAGAAGAGAACGGGAAGAGCGAGAAAGAAGAGAAAGAGAAGAGAGAGAGAGACGGGAGAGGGAGGAGCGAGAGCGGGAGCGAGAGCGAGAGAGACGGGCUGAGCAUGAAAAGGAUCGGGCAGUUCGUACCUUGGAAACUAGUCAUGAUCGUAGUGUACCGCGCCGCGACGGGUCACGGUCGCCCCUCCGCCCCGAUCCCAAGGACCGGCCGUCGUCGCACCCCUCCGCACCAGGCUCCAGCCAGCCCCCCCUGGGCGUGAUGCCCUCCUCCAGCAUGAAGGGCGACGGCCGGCCCGACUCGCGCCCGGGCUCGAGGCCGGGCUCCAGAACGUUAGACCCUCGUGUGAAGUUAGAAUCAAAGGAUGAGGUGAUGAUAGUUGGUGGAAAGGAGGCGCCUCCCCGCCAGUUAUCACACGGAGUACCGCCGCCCUCAGUGUUACCGCCCCCUGUAUCUGUGGGCUUGUUGCCUCCGCACUCCAUUGCCAUGAGCAUGGCCACGACCUCGGCCAAUUCUGCCCUGGAUCGAGCGCGACUCUUGGGUACGCCGGGGUACGGCGGCGGAGGGCCGCAUCUGGGUCCUUGGGCAGAUCCAUUCCGAGAUCCGUACCGGUCGGCCCAAGAAAUCUCCGUGGCCAGAGUGCACGACCUGGGAUUACUGAGGGAUCCGCUGAGAGAGAGAAUGAACUUCGCUGCUGCUGCUGCUCGAGAGGAGCAGAUGUUGCACUCCAACCCCUUGUCAUCGUUAAUUCUCAGCGAGCGGUACAGAGAGCAACAGCAGCAGCAGCAGCAGGCAGCAGUGGCGCGAGACCUGUUUGAGCGCAGCCAUUUAGCGGCCGGCGUCCCCCCGGGGAGCAUGUAUCCGCCAACGUCAGCGCUUCUUCCUCCACAUCCCUCAGUUUCUCACAUGGCGCCGUCAUUACUAAAAGGUGGCUCCCCCCUGGGCCCCGGCCCGCCCGGAGGACCCCACGGCUUACAUCCACCUGGUUUGGGGUCUCUCCACGGGCCCGGACACCCAGGAGCUCCCCCAGGCCACCCGCAGCCUCCCCCACUAGCACCUGGUUUACCUCCACCUCUCAUCCCUUCCAUGCGUGGGUCGUCUCCGGCGCACCCACGGCCCCCGGAUAAAAAAGAUGACCCACGCUGACUCUAGUCAUCCCCGGUCAUGUUCGGUUUCAGGUGGUGCUCAGCAUAUGUACAUUUUCGGCUUAUUAUAGUCUGAAUGAUUGCUGAGUCAGUUACUACUGCUAUUACUGCUGCUGCUGCUAUUAUUGAAUAGAAGCACAUGUAUUAUGGAUGGUGGAGGGCACGGCGGCCCUUAAGACUGCACUACAGCUCACAGGGUUGGCUGCAGUCAACAUGUCUUUCAUGAUGAUCAGGCUGUGGAUUGUAACACAAGUUUUGUACCAUACUUGUACAGUACGGUGGUUCAGAGCCACCUUAUUCAAUGUCCUUUUAUUUGACAUUUUGUAGAUAUUCAUUGUUUUCUUAAAGUAUUUUGUAGAAAAAUAAAUUAAUAUUGACGUGACGAAAUGAUCUGAUGCAGACUGACAAUGACGAUUUGUUAAAACUGUUUCUAAAUACAUGAGUUUGUUAACAAAAA